CGCUCAUUAGGAAGUCGUAUGAUGUCAGAAGAGUUGAAAUCACUCCCCUGGAGCAGAGGAAGGUAACUUUUGACACCCAUGCUUUAGUGCAGGAUCUGGAAGCCCAUGUGUGGCUGGCUGAAGUCAGAUGAAGGGUCCAUCCAGCCCUGGGUUCUGUCUCCUGACAGCAGCUGUGAGUCACUGCAGAUGCACAACGGGGCAGAUGCACAUGAAACACCCUCUUCUACUUUCUAAGUCUCCAGCUGUUUUCACCCUGGAGGUAUUUUGGGCUUUGGGAAGGAGCAAGCAGAGACCAUUGUGUCAGCAUUAAUAACCCUGUCGAAUGUCAGCUUAGACACCGUCUAUAAAGAUAUGGUUACACAGACUCAGCAGGAAAUAACUUUACAGCAGAUAAUGGCACAUUUGGACUCCAUUCGCAAAGAUAUGGUCAUCCUGGAGAAAAGUGAAUUUGCAAACUUGAGAGCAGAGAAUGAGAAAAUGAAAAUUGAAUUAGAUCAAGUUAAACAGCAGCUAAUGAAUGAAACCGGUAAAAUCCGAGCUGACAGCAAGCUGGACAUAAACCUGGAAAGGAGCAGAGUGACGGAUAUGUUUACAGAUCAGGAGAGGAAACUGAUGGAAGCAACUACAGAGUUUCAUAAAAUAGAUUCAAGUACCAACAGCGUUAUCUCAGAAAUCAGUAAUAAAAUUGACACGGAAAUAGCUUCCUUAAAAACACUAAUGGAAUCAAAUAAACUCGAUACAAUACGUUAUUUGGCAGCUUCGGUAUUCACGUGCUUAGCCAUAGCCCUGGGAUUUUACAGGUUCUGGAAGUAGCUGUAGAUGGAAUGGUGCAUCAAAUACAGAUGGAGAAAAGGCCACCCGGGCAGCAUCAGUUCAACAAACAUGUUUGCGUUGUUGCUAACCUUGGUACCUAUUUGUUUUGAUGUUCUUACUGUGCACUAAAAACAUUUCUGAAUAUGUAAUGCUAAAGAUCAAAGUUAUUGGAGGAAAGUAGGCAAAUACUGAUAUUUCAUUGUCCUCUAUUGAAUACUGUAUUUAUUUCAAAGGACUUCUUAUGCUAAAUCAGAAAGUGUUUCCUAAAGUGUUUUAGUAUUAGUUUUGUUUUCUUUUGGAACAUUCUCAAUGGAAUGUUUUCAGUCUCAGCUCCUCUUGAAAAGGAAAUGCUCAACAUUUGAUAGGCCCUUGAAAUGGGAAUACUAUCCCUUAGUUAGUAUUCCCAAUAUGGGAAUACUAAUGCCAGUUUCCAACAGAUCUGUUCUGGUCCAAGUAAAUUAAUCUUAAAUAUAGAAUCUGGAUUUUUGCCUUCAGGCUGUUCCUCUCUUUUUCUGAUGGAUUGAAGCCUGGCCCUUUGGGGUUUUCUAUUUAUAUAUAAACACACACUCCAAGGCCUUUACUAAAGUAUCUUGUUCUUGAAAACUAGUUUACAUAAAUUUAAAAUCUCAUGUAAAACUAAACUGUCUCCAGAGAUUUAUUUUAUUUAGUAUCUCUUGCAAUUUCUGUAACCCCCAGAGGUCAACAGAACAGGAGAACUCCUCUGUCUUUCCAAGGGAGAUGCCUCCACUCCCAGCAGCUGUUUCAGCCCUGGGGCAGAUAAGUGCUCUUAACCCCUCCAAGCAGGGCAGGGUAUUUCCAAUAAACACUGAUGUAUUUUCUGGGCAUAGGAUCUGACUUAUAACCUGGAAAUACUCAGCAUCUCAGUGCCAGUGUGGUUCUGGUCAUCCUCCUCCCAUCUCCACGCUCCUCUGGACUGUUCUGUGAUCCUGUGGCACACGCUGACCCUCCGAACUUUUGGUGAUGAUCUAUCUACCUUCUGCAAGGACCUCACAGCUCUGGUUGCAGAGAUGGGACAUAGCAGGUGGAUGCCUUCCACAACUGAAGUAGUUUCACCUCAUUGAGUGUAAAUGCAUAUGCUUGGUUUGAUUCUUUAUUAAAGUAAUACCUUAAAAAAAACUUCCUGGAUUAAACUUUUACGUAAAAGUAAGCACUUUAUGGGGUAAAGAGUGUUUAGUACUGAGUAGCAGCAAUUUUUUUUUGUUGUAGUUUCAUUCUGUUUACAGUUGAACUUGCUGGUAUCCUGCUAAUUCUUAUAUUCUGUGCAUUAAAUUAUUUAUCAUCUUCA